UCAUCCUUGCUCAGUGUGACAGCGCCCGUGUGCGGUGCGACUGCGAUAUACGGGCGGCCGAUGACCAUGGAGGAGGCAGACGGGCUGCGUCAGAGGAGGCCUAUCCGACCGCAUAUCAUCACCGACGAGACCCCCGUCCAUGAGACGCAGAGCACCAGUACGUACAGUGGAAAAGUAUUCCGUGCCACCUUUACAUGCCUGGCGCUGGCACUCUUCAUACCGUCGCUGGCAGCAUUAUGUUUUCUCGAAAGCCCAAUAGAGCCACAGUAUCUAAGCUUUCAAGCUCCACCUCUGAUGACUGGUGUCCUGGAGCCAAAUGUGAAACUGAGAAAAGCUGAGCGAUUGUACGAGGGCCAACUAGUGGGUCCAGAAUCGAUAGUGAACAUCGGAGAUGUCCUGUUUACUGGCACGGCUGAUGGGCAGAUUCUGAAGAUUGAAGAUGACAAAAUCCACACCAUAGCAAGACUCGGGAAACCUCCUUGUGGAACCCGAGACAAUGAACCAAACUGUGGAAGACCCCUUGGACUCCGGGUUGGCCCUAAUGGGACACUUUUUGUUGCGGAUGCUUACCAAGGAAUAUUUGAAGUGAAUCCUGCCACAGGUGCGGUGGAGCAGCUCGUGUCUUCCCAGAAUCUAGUUCAGGGCAAGAAAAUGUCCUUUGUCAAUGAUCUUGCAGUGACUAGUGAUGGCAGGAAGAUCUACUUCACGGAUUCCAGCAGUAAAUGGCAGAGACGGGAUUUCCCUUAUCUAGUCAUGGAAGGCACAGAUGAUGGCCGCUUGCUGGAGUAUGACACAUUGACAAAGGAGGUGAAGGUUUUGAUGGGAGGAUUACGAUUUGCCAAUGGUGUGCAGCUAUCUCCUGCUGAAGAUUUUGUGCUUGUAGCUGAAACCACAAUGGCGCGUGUGAGGAGGUAUUAUGUGUCUGGCCUCACAAAAGGUGGGAUAGACAUGUUUGCUGACAACUUGCCUGGAUUUCCUGACAACAUCCGUCUUAGCAGUUCAGGGGGAUACUGGGUGGCCAUGUCUGCUGUGAGACUUAACCCUGGAUUUUCCAUGAUGGAUUUCUUAGCGGACAAACCAUGGAUUAAGAAAAUAAUUUUUAAGAUCUUCAGUCAAGACACCGUGAUGAAGUUUGUCCCCAGAUACAGCCUUGUCUUAGAGCUAGGAGAGAAGGGAUCUUACAAGAGAAGUUUCCAUGAUCCUAAUGGAGAGGUGGCAACGUACAUAAGCGAAGCUCAUGAGCAUGAUGGAUACUUGUAUUUAGGAUCUUUCCGGUCACCAUUUAUCUGUAAAUUGAACCUGAAAGAUGUUUGAUUUUUCUCGUGUGUGUAAUUGAAGGACGUACACUGGACCGAUCUUCCAGGACCUCGGAGCUGUCACCAUGUCUGCUGCCUUGGACCGUACUCUGCAUCAUAGAGACACAAAAUCUCGCCAACAGGAGCAUAACCCUAUCACUCAUGUGUGGACACAUAAAAGCCACUCUACCAAGUCACAUAGACCACACAUGUAAUAUAACAAAACAUAACUGUGAUAGAGACCCCCCCUUGGCCAGUAAAGUGCAUCCAAUGUUAGAUACAGUGACCAGUGCAAAAUGGCAAGAACCAAUGCCACGUUACAUUGUGUUUCAAUAAUGUUAUGUAUUGUUAUAUUACAUGUGUGGUCUAUGUGAUUUGGUAGUGUAGAAUCAUUGAGGCACACGCUGAUUUUGUGAUCCAGUUGGGUGUAUUCGCAGAGUAGCAUGUAGAAUAUUUGGUUUUCAGAGAAAUCUCACUUUUUUUUUUUUUUUUAAGCUAAUCUGUGAAGAACAUCUUGCCUUGCUUUACGUUAUAGAGAAUGUAUACAAGUUUUUUUCUGUUGACAGGUUACCUACCAAUAGUAUAGAUAUGUGUACAGCGGAGGUCGGAUAGUUCAUGUAUUAGAAACAUAAAUGACACAGUGCAUUGUUUGGUUUUUUAGGUUGUGAUCCAGUGCAUGCCAUCAAAAAUCCAAUGUGUCCAAUAAUAAUGAGAGUUUCAGGGUUUGAUUAUUGUGAUUGAUAGAUGGAUCCUGUGGCAUAUGUUGCUGCCAGUAUAACCCUAAAAUAUGAAUAAUUUAAGCCUAGAAGUGGUAGAUUAUUAUUAUUAUUUUUUUUUCUAGGGUUUUUUCUAGUGCUAAUCAAUUUAUAAUGACAUUUUUAGCCCAUUAUAGCCUCAAAGGGAAUGGCAGGCACCUGAAAGCAUGUGGUCCAGAUUUUAUUUUAUUGGAAAAUAUUCUUGUAUAACUACUGCAUUUUUUUUAUAUGCAUGGUUCAUUGCAUGCAUUUAUAUGGUUCGUGUAGGAAGUAAAGUACUGCCAAAAAAAGUA